AUGAUGGAGGUCGAGUCCUCCUACUCGGACUUCAUCUCCUGUGACCGGACAGGACGUCGGAACGCAGUGCCCGACAUCCAGGGAGACUCCGAAGCCGUGAGUGUGAGGAAGCUGGCAGGAGACAUGGGCGAGCUGGCCCUCGAGGGAGCAGAAGGACAGGCAGAGGCGAGCACCCCAGACAAGGCGGCGAGCACCCAGCCCGAGAGCAGCGACGGGAGCCCCUCGUCCUGA